CAAAGGUGCAGGCGGGUAGUUGGCAGAUUGUAACGGUUCACUUCGAGGACGAGGAGAGGAGAGGAGAGGAGAGCGCUGUCUACAUUUCAACUCUGGGAGCGAGGGGACGCCAGCACAAAUGUAAGGAUUUGUGGAGUGACAGGGGUAAACUCAAGGGAAACCGAGUUGACUUAUCGAUAAAUGGUUACGUCUUUGACCGUGUACGGUGGAAGUGAACCAGCGAUAGUGCUCUGCAAUAUUUUCUCGCAGGACGGGAAAACUGAAAUAAUUCAUAAACCAUUACCUUUCCAUACUGUCGAAGUUCUGCUUCCUGCAUUCACUUUCGCGAGAUCCGAGCGGAGGACAACCCAUCGAACAGGAGACGAACUUCAAAAAGACAACUGACGCCUACUACCAAAUUCGCUGUUCGUCCUGUUGCUCGCACCGGGCACGUGCGUUUAAUGUUGGGUGAUGGCGAUAUCAGGGAGAGUCCGAGCGCUCCUAUCAUUGUUAUGGUUUUUUCAAGGUGACUCCCAGCGGGUGGAGAUGCCCAGGAGAGAGAGAGAGGUGGUGAAGGGUCAGAUGGUAGUCCUACAGGCCUGGUACAGCCCCACAUCUGAUAUUGGCAGGAACAGCGUCAUCUGGAACUUCAUGGCAAACGACUCCAAGCAGGUCAUCUCCUACAGUAAUGGUGAGCCAGGGAUAGGUAGUCCUGAGUUCAGGAAGCGUGUUGGGUUCAGCCUGUCCAUGCCUUCGUCCAAUCUCUCCAUCUACAUCAACAACACCCAGGAGUCAGACUCCGGACGAUACCUCUGCAAUGUCAUCAUCCCUGGAGCCGCCGGUCUCUCUGGAGAAAUGCGCCUCAAUGUCAAAGUCCCUCCCUCGCCUCCAGUGUGCACGAUGACUGGGUCAUCUGUGCUGAAUGGCAAUGUGACACUAAGCUGUAAGUCCAGUUCGGGCGAACCCAUCCCUCAUUACAAAUGGACCAAGAAUGCCCCCAUGUCAGAGGUCUUCUUUUCCCCCAUGCAGAAUGAGAGGCAAGGUACCCUCAGGUUGAGUAACCUCACUAAGAGCAUGUCAGGGAAAUAUGUGUGCCGAGCUAGCAACACUGCCGGUUCUGACACUUGCUCUAUCAACCUGGAGGUCUUCACCUCCUCUAAUUCUGGAGCGAUUGCUGCUGCUACUCUGGGGUCCAUCGUGGGACUGGUAGCCAUCAUACUCUUCCUCAUCUUCAUGCUGAGGAGGAGAGACCAUGAAGAGGAGAUAGCCAAUGAUAUCAAGGAGGAUGCACAGGCCCCCAAGCGUGUUUCCUGGGCAAAGAGUGGCACAGGCUCAGACAUCAUCUCCAAAAAUGGCACGCUGUCAUCCAUAGCCACUAGCCCCCAUCCGGGAGACCCCCAGCAGCUCAAAAACUUCCCCCACCCCACUGCACCGGCCUCUGACACAGGCUCUGUGCUCAACGCCUACCGCCUUCGGCCUGGAGAGCUCAACCCCCUGCAGGGCCUCCCAGGGUACAUCAGUGGCACACUUCCACCCAGGCACACCAGACCCCUCUGUGUUGCUAACAACAUUGAUGUCACCUAUCCACAAGGGUACAGUCGACCCCCCAGUUCUAACCACAUCAGUGGGACUCCACCCCCUGGCAACACCCGGCUCCUCAGCACUAGUAUCAUUGUUGACACUCCUCCCCAUGGGUUCAGUCAACCACCCAGUUUUAACCAUGUUGGUGUCACCUCUCCACAUGGGUACAGCAGACCCCAUAGUUCUAACAACAUUGGUGCCCCCUCCCCCCAGGGGCACAGUCGACCCCCAAGUUCUAACAAUAUCGGCGCCCUCUCUCCACAUGGGCACAGCAGACCACCAAGCUUGAACCACAUCAGUGGCAGCUCUCCACACAGGCACAGCCAACCCCCCAGUUCCAACCACAGCCGACCCCCCAGCAUCAGUAGCAUGCCUCACUAUGGACACAGCAGAUCCUCCAGUUCUAACGGUGCCCCACCUCAUUCCCCACCUGGCCACAUGGUCACAGACCCCGACAAGACUGAGGGGGCCCAGCCCCAGGUACCACGCCCUCUCACCUCGCCCAUCAGCUCCACCACCCUGGCCUGUAUGGGGGCUGUGCCCGUCAUGGUGCCCGCUCAGAGCCAGGCUGGAUCACUGGUAUAGCCCACUGGAGGGUCUCCCGUUUCACUACUGAACACAAACUGAAGCAAAUGGAUAAAGACUUCCUCAAAGGAAGAUUGCAUAGAGUAGAGAAGGAUUUGCUUGGAAUUAAAAACACUUUUUUUAUUGUGAUCGUUCAAAAUGAUGUUCGGAGUAGAAAGAAGAGCUCAUGCUGAAGAAGACACUUGUGGAAUCUCCUGUAUUCAAGUCUGCACAAGUUCAAAUACUUAAUUGAUUUGUUUUUAUUCUUUUAGCUGUUUUCAAAUCUGUUUUGCUAAAUAAAUGUUUUUGCUUUUA